AUGACCUCCUGCAGACGCCAGUACUCUUCCUCCGGCUCCAUGAAGGGGUCUUAUGGCCUUGGGGGCAGCUCCAGCCGCGUCUCCUCCGUCCUGGCCGGCGGGUCCUGCAGGGUCCCCAGCACCUACGGGGGCUCUGGCUUUGGGGGGAUGUCGGUGACCUCAACCCGCUUCUCCUCCGGGGGUGCCUGUGGAAUCGGAGGCGGCUACAGCAGCGGCUUCGGUGGCAGCAGCUUUGGCGGGGGCCUGGGUAGCGGCUUUGGUGGGGGCUAUGGCGGGAGCUUCGGCGGGGGCUAUGGCGGGAGCUUCGGUGGUGGUUUUGGCGGUGGCUUCGGCACAGGUGACGGGCUCCUGGCCGGUGGGGAGAAGAUGACCAUGCAGAACCUGAACGACCGACUGGCCUUGUACCUGGAGAAGGUGCGCGCCCUGGAGGAGGCCAACACCGACCUGGAGAUCAAGAUCCGUGACUGGUACCAGAAGCAGAGGCCCAGCGAGGCCCGGGACUACAGCCCCUACUACAGAACCAUUGAGGAUCUGAGGAACAAGAUUCGGAACGCCACCCUGGAGAAUGCCCAGCCCCUACUUCAGAUCGACAAUGCCCGGUUGGCAGCUGACGACUUCAGAAACAAGUACGAACAUGAGCUGGUCCUCCGUCAGAAUGUGGAGGCCGACAUCAAUGGGCUGCGCCGUGUCCUGGACGAGCUGACCAUAGCCCGGUCCGACCUGGAGGCACAGAUUGAAGGGCUGAAGGAGGAGCUGGCCUACCUCAAGAAGAACCAUGAGGAGGAGAUGAGGGCCCUGAGGGGACAGGUGGGCGGAGACGUCAGCGUGGAGAUGGACGCUGCUCCGGGCGUGGAUCUGAGCCGCAUCCUGUCCGAGAUGAGAGACCAGUAUGAGAAUUUGGCAGAGAAGAACCGCCGUGAUGCCGAGGCCUGGUUCCACAGCAAGACUGAGGAGCUGAACCGUGAAGUGACAUCCAACAGCCAACUGAUCCAGAGCAGCAAGAGUGAAGUCUCAGAGUUGCGACGCUUGUUCCAGUCCCUGGAGAUUGAGCUCCAGUCCCAGCUCAGCAUGAAAGCCUCUCUGGAGAACAGCCUGGAAGAGACCAAAGGGCGCUACUGCAUGCAGCUCUCGCAGAUCCAGGGCCUGAUCAGUAACGUGGAGGAGCAGCUGGCCCAGCUGCGCUGUGAAAUGGAACAGCAGAACCAGGAAUACAAGGUCCUGUUGGACGUCAAGACCCGGCUGGAGCAGGAGAUUGCCACUUACCGUUGCCUGCUGGAGGGCGAGGAUGCCCAUAUUUCUGGCCAGAAAAUAUCCGGCUCCCAGUACUUUUCCGGCUCCCAGUCCUCCCGAGACGCCUCUUCCGGCAGCCGCCAGUUCCGCACCAUCAUCAAGGAUGUCCAUGAUGGGCAGGUGGUGUCCAGCCACGAACAGGUUGCCUGCUCCAAGCACUGA